GAGCCGCCGCAUGCCUCUCUCUCUCUCUCUCUCUCUCUCUCUCUCUGUAGUGUCAGCUGGGUCUCCUUUAAUUUAUUAAGUGACUUAGAGACCAUAAAAAGCAGAGAGAAACGUUUAAUGCGCGUCAUGUAAGAAGAACCAACCAGGCUUCCCACCUGUGUUCCUCCUCCAGUGUUUUUGCGCGCAGCGGAGCGCGCAGAGAUGGGAGCGCUGCGCCCGGAGCUUGGCUCUCUGCAGCGGCUCUGCCUCGGCUUCCUCCUCCUGCUGGGCUUCUCUGUGUCCAGCUCGGCGGCCUGGGACCUGGUUCUCCUCCACACUAACGACGUACACGCCCGGGUGGAGGAGACCAGCGAGCACUCCGGGAAAUGCGGCGGCGGCGGCGGCGGCGGGUGUUUCGCCGGGGUCGCCCGGAGAGCCACGAUGAUACAGAGGAUCCGAAACUCCAUCAGCAACGUGCUCCUCCUGGACGCCGGAGACCAGUUCCAGGGGACCGUCUGGUUCAAUUACUACAAGGGCGCCGAGGCUGCCCAUUUUAUGAACAAGCUGGGUUAUGAUGCCAUGGUUUUCGGAAAUCAUGAGUUUGACAACGGAGUGGAAGGACUCAUGAAGCCGUUCAUGGAGAAGAUCGGGUGUGUUGUUCUCAGCGCUAACAUCAAGGCAGACAAAACUCUGGCCGCAACAUUUGGCAACUCUUACUUGCCUUACAAUAUAUUUAAUGUUGGCGGUGAGGAGGUGGGCGUGGUGGGAUACACAUCUCGGGAAACUCCUGCUCUGUCCAAACCUGGACCACACCUGCGCUUCGAGGACGAGGUGAGCGCCGUGCAGCUGCAGGUGGACAAACUGCAGACGCUGGGAGUCAAUAAGAUCAUCGCUCUGGGUCACUCGGGCUUCACUGUGGAUAAGGAGAUCGCCAAGAAGGUGCGCGGAGUCGACGUGGUCAUCGGGGGACACAGCAACACUUUCCUCUUUACAGGACCACCUCCUUCCUCUGAGGUCCAGGUGGGUGAUUAUCCGUUCAUGGUGAAAUCAGAGGACGGGCGGCAGGUUCCUGUUGUGCAGGCCUACGCCUUUGGAAAAUAUCUGGGUAAUCUGACGGUGACCUUUGACCAUGCUGGCAAUGUAGUGAAGUCCAGUGGAAACCCCAUCCUGCUGGACAGCAGUGUCCCACAGGAUCCAGAAAUUCUCGCCGAUGUGGAGGAAUGGAAAAAGAAUCUGGCCAACUACUCGGCUCAGGAGGUGGGAAAGACUCUGGUCUUCCUGAACGGGACCUCCCAAGAGUGUCGAUUUCGGGAAUGCAACCUGGGAAGCCUCAUCUGUGAUGCCAUGAUCGACCACAACAUCAGAUUCUCAGCUGGCGGCCAGUGGAACCACAUCAGCGCCUGCAUCUUCAACGGAGGAGGCGUCCGCACGUCUAUCGAUGAACGCACCAGGAACGGUUCGAUCACCAUGGAGGACCUGAUCUCCGUCCUACCUUUCGGAGGAACCAUUGACGUGGUGCAGCUGAAGGGCUCCACGCUGAGGAAAGCUUUCGAACACUCAGUGUGGCGAUACGGCCAAAGCAGCGGGGAAUUCCUUCAAGUGUCCGGAUUUCGUGUAGAGUUUGACAUCUCCAAACCUCCGGGGCGUCGCGUGAAGAGCCUCCGCAUCCUCUGCACGAAAUGUCGAGUUCCUCACUACGAACCCGUCAAGGACGAGACGGUUUAUAAAGUGGUGCUGCCGUCCUACAUGGUGAAUGGUGGAGACGGAUUCUCCAUGAUCAAGGACGAGACGCUCAAACACAACAGCGGUGAUUUGGACAUUUCAGUCGUGUCCAACUACAUCACACAAAGAAAGAAAGUUUAUCCGUCUGUCGAAGGACGCAUCAAGAUCUACAACUCAGCUUCUGGACUGCGGGGACAAACCGCUUCACUGGUAUUACUGGUUUCACUGGGGCUGCUCUGGACUCUGUGUGGGAGCGUUUAAGACUGACUUUACCCAGAAACAAGGACCGACAAACAAACUGCAAUCCUGCGGGACCGAAAAUCUAACUUCACAGAAAUAUGACUUUACUUUUGAUUGUGGCGUGGUGGCAAUGGAGCAGUGGAUAAGACACAUGCCUUUAGUAUGAGAUGCCUGGGUUUGAUUACCACUGUGACACAUCCAACAAUGUGUGACCUCUGACUUAUAUACAGCGAUUGUGAGUUGCUUUGGAUAAAAGCGUCAUGUAUUGUUUUUUUUCAAAAACAGAAGGUGUAAGCUCUGGCAGCCAAAUUCUCAAAAACAAUCUGGUUGGUAGUGUCUUGGACUAAGUUUGGACAAAACGGCAAAAACAACAACCACAAGAUUGUCUCCUUCACACUACGUCUCCAGUGCUAGUUUGAAAAUAAUAAAGCAUUACUAAACUAUUUCGCCUUUAAACAAAGCACCUCAAUCCGUGUCUGGCUCAUUCUUUGAUUAUUUCGUUUCAAAACCAAAUUGGAAAAACAAAAAAAAAAGUUGUUUUUUAAGUGAGCACUAUAUUAUAGC